CAGAAAUUCAUCAAUUAGAACGCGAGUUAUAUCUGCAUGAAAUAGAUUGUCAGUUUUAUCGGCUACAAAAUCACCGAAUCAUCAUCCAAACAUGUCUGAGCCAAGUUCGAAAGAUACGGUACUGAAGACAGCAAUGAUUUACGUGUGCGGUGAAUGUCACCACGAAAAUGAGAUGCGUCCUAGGGAUCCCAUCCGAUGUCGAGAAUGCGGCUACCGUAUUAUGUACAAGAAACGUACAAAGCGACUUAUUGUAUUCGACGCACGGUAGGCAGAGGAUGGUUCUUAAUACAACCACUAAACAUGAUCCUGUACAACCUUUUACUGAUCCUUAAUGAUUGUAAAGAGCUAAUAAAACGGUAUUGAUAUGGUCCUCUC